AUGGAACCUGUAAACGCUCCUUCAUUUGUUCUUUUUCGAGGAUUGUUGCUCCUCUACGCAGUUUUCAUCACCGCAAUAGAGUCAUCCACUGUUUCUCGAUCAGCAUACUUCACAACGUUGACAAAUAAGCAGCUUAAAGGCUUUGUGGUAAAACGGUUUGAGUCUCCUGGUCAAAUUUGGUGCAGUCAGUCUUGUUUGAAAAACGCCUGGUGUACUUCAACAAACUUCAAACUUGCUCCUCAUAUUUCGAAGUCUGCUGGCAAAGGAACUUGCGAACUAAACAAGCACGAUGGCUCUGUUGUUAAAGAAAACGUGUAUUUGCAGUUCGAGGAAGGUGCCACUUUCUCAAUGUCUCUUAAGGUAACGAACAGCCUAAAAUGCCUCAUUUGGCUUUAAAGGGCUCCGCAAGAUUAAGUUGAUGCAACUGCAGUUUAAUAAACAUUUAAUUUGUUAAUUGGCGUUUAACUUUGAAAUUAACCAGUGUGUCUUCAUAUCGCUAAUUGACUCAUUUGGGCUAAAGUCUUUGGCGCCACAUUGCUUUUUAGCAAUUUUUAGAAUUUUAAGGCUGGAAAGUGAAAAUUCAUGACCACAGCACUAUAAUUGAAGUUGAGCAAAAACCUAACUUCGAUGUGAAAAAUAGAUGUCUUGAAUUUCCUCAAAUUAUGGGUGCAUAUGAUUGGAAAAAAUUACUGUUCUUGCACAAGAAAACCAAGAGCAUAGCUAUUUUAUAAAAGCGCCAGUCGGCACUUUCUAUCGAUUUACCAGCCUAAUAACUAGUACGAGGUGUUGGGAGAACACGAGUAUUACCGUAAAUCAUGAGUAAAAAGCGAUUGUUGUGCUAACAUAUUCCGUGUGCGAUAUCGCCGCUAAAAUGAUGAUAGGCUCGAUGUACUGCUAACUAGCCAACAGGUGCUCUUCACGGCAAAGUGUGUUAUAGAAAAUUAGUAUACAUUCUUAAGACUGCUACCCUCUUCAAAAUUUUUUUUCGUUUUUCGACAAAUGAAUCUCCUUUACAGAGAAAUUAUUUACGCUAGAUUUCUGUAUUAUUCUUGAGCAUUCUGAGUUACGAGCAGCUGGCAUCAGACAAAAUUUAAUCCUUGAUUUCGUGUAUGCCACAAACUUAAUACCGUCGAAAUGCGAGCAAUAAAAACCUAACUUUCCUUUUUUUUUUUUUUCUGUUGUGAGGUUUCAAUCAGAGCUGGGUUUUUUUUUGAAAGCGAAAUGGAUGUAUGCCUUGAAUAAUGGCAUGAAUUGACAAACAACGAGGAAAAGACAAGAGAACAAAAAUUAGUCACCAUUUCUUAGACGAAGGGCAAACCUCGCCUUGAAUAAGGUAAUGCCGGCUUAUAUGAAUCAUCAUCUAUACAAAUAUUUCUGUUCAUAAACUUCAUUCACCAUGAUCAGAACCACAGCUUUUAUCUCUUAAUUCUGGAAACAUGCUAAAUAUUUCGCUCAGGAAUUAAAGUACGGAGAAAAUAAAGCCAUCAGAACCGCAAAGACUGAUUAAUUUCAGCAUAAGCCGAAGAAAGAAGACAUUGACUUGCUUCUGUCAGUCUUGAAAAAAUAUUUUUCUGGCGUGUAAAAUGCGUUUGACAAAAUCUAUGGUCUUAUCGCCUACUAUUCAGCCUAUGUGCUAGCAUUUUGAAUUCUAAUGACAAAAUCUUUCGGACUGAAGGUAACAUAUACUGUGCAGGCCUCAGAAGCUGUUUUUUCUUGAGGAAUCUAGUUUAACAAAAUUUUAAUUUGUGCCGGCGACGUGUUAAGCGAACGGGUUGGUUGUUUUUGUUUGUUUGGUUGUUUUUUUCUAAGUUCUGCCAAAACAGAUAAUAAAUUUUGGCACUUUAGGCUUCCGGCAUCGAAACAGCUGUUCAAUGAAAGGCAAGCUCAAUUUUCCUUUUGAAACUGAUAUCAGUGCAUUAUGGAGAUCUUCUGUAAUUUCAUUUCUAUACUGAUAUGAAAUGGAUAGAUGUGUAGAUAGGUGAUUGGAUGGAUCAGAGGUGACCCAUUAGAUGAAGGGAUGAAUGUUUCAAAGAAAGUAUUUAACUUUCCGGUUGUCUUUAGAAUCUUUCAGUUGAACAAGAGGAACAAAUAAAAGUUUAAAUGCCCUGUAAAGAGUUUCAAAGCUGACGUUAGCCCUCCAUCUUUCGCUCUGACGAAGGGCUAACGCUCGAAACGUCAGCUUUCAACUCUUUUCGAUGGCCAAGUUACGUCAUCUACUCAGUUGUUAAUAUUGUAUUACCCUGCAUGUUAUACUCUCCUACAGAAGCAGCACCUCAGUUUCUUUAGAAACUUACCCUCUUUAUAUAAUUUUAAAUGCAUUGUUCUUUGUGACAUGCUUAAUAACGGCAGAAAUCGACCAUUACAUUUUCAUUUAUACGGCAAUUAAUUUUUAGUCCGAAAUUUUACAUCGGGCUCGAAUCAUUGAGUCCAAGAAAAACUUAGAAAGCUAGCUGAGCACUUCUUGGUAAUAAUUCCAAGGUACAUUCAUAUUCGUGCUCUGAACUGCUUUUUACGACGUGUUGUCUGUCACUGCUUCUUGACAGGGCUGCCAAAUAACCGACAGUUGUAAAAAUGGAGGUGCUUGCGUGUAUGACGAGAAAAAACAAACUUAUUCAUGUAAGUGCAAGCCCCCUUGGACCGGAGAAACUUGUGAUGAGCUGGGUAAGAACAAUUUUGAACCGUAGAAUGAAGAUGGUAAAGUUCUGUCGGUCAAGCCAAAAACAACGCAAAACAUUUUUCCCCGAGAAUUGGAAACAAACAGAUCAACAAAAUCAGAAAAACGAAACAAAGCAAAACGAAGCUUUCUAAGAGAGAAGUUAAAUAGAAAAACUGACAAGAAUGGAAAAGAUAUGGGGGAUUCAAAAUUUAUGUGUGUAUGUAUAAUUUUUUUAAAUGAAAUAAAUCUCAAAAUGUCCAACAUUUCAUCUUUUUUUUUAAGUUAACAAAUCAGCAGAUCUAAGAUUGAUAUUUAUUGAAAAAUAACCGAUCACAAAGCGUUUUGUACAUGGCAUAGCGGAAAAAUGACUGCGCGUCAGCGGAGUCAAAUCGGCCCCACGCCUCUCAUGUAAGGGUCCACAAUUUUCCUUCAUUCUUUUAACAUUAACGUUACGUCGCUUAAAGCGUUUGGCAAAGUAGUAUUGGCGAAAAUUCUUGACGUUAUCCUAUUCUCCCAAAAAGUUACUUGUGACAGCCAUCCCUGCAGAACUUGCACAGAUGAAUUCCACGGAUACAAUUGUAGCUGUGCACCAGGAUUUCACGGAACGCAUUGUGAAAAGAUUGAAGGCCUGCCUUGUCCAUCAGGUUUGUAAAGACGUGUUUCGUAUUUUGAUGGAAUAUUCUGAGAGCUUCCUUCUCCAAUUUAGGAAGACUCUCGUGGAGAUGCGGAUGACCAUUCAAUAUUUUAGAGAGUUUUAGAUGAGACAUUAAUUAAGAUUCUUGAAGACAGACCACGCCAAUGUUUUAUUUUGAUAACGGUUUCUCAAAAAAAACUUUCCGCAACUAAUAAUCGUCAGCGACAGGACGCUGUAAACUUAUUGGAUCAAUGUCAGUAUCUGAGCAACUGCGCUCCUACCCAUCCCCUAACCCAACAACAGUCAACUGAUAACAAGUUAAGGUUAAUGUUGGGUUAGGGGAGGGGCAAGUGCGUAGUUGCUCACAUACUUACAUUAAUCCAAUAUAUUUUUUUUUAACUCUUUAUAUCAUAACAUCAGUAUGAAUAUUCUCCAUAAUGUUCUUUAUACAUUUCCUAAGGUGCUGACAAGGAGAAUUUGUUUACUGAUCAAAAGCUUCUUUUGUUGGUGAUCAUUUCCUUUAUUCUCAUGAUCUUAAUGUUUUUUUUGGCCUAAGAAGUCAGAAUAACUUCAAACGAGAUCACCUAUUUAUGAGAAUGCCACAAGCUACCUUUGACAUCUCAGAGCGCUCAAGGGCAUUUCUUUGAAUUUGAUCAGCUUUUCUUGAUACGGUUGUUUCCUACAGCUUACCGAAUGGUCUUUGGACAGCCUAGCAAAAAGGGCUACGCCGGCAUAAGAAACGCCACCUUGUCUAGUCUCUCGGAGUUUACUAUGUGCCUUUUUGUCAAAAUGAAGGAUACAAAUUUGACUGGUGACCAGUACCUCUACAGUUAUGCGACUAUUGGAGCACCUUUUGGGAAUGCUUUCUACGUUUGUCUGUUUUCCCCCGGAAUUAGGAUCUCUAUAGACUCUUUCUAUGAGUAAGUGAUAUGACAAACACGAUAGAUAAAGUCUGUAUUGGAGUCAAAUGGCCCAUCCAACCAAACCGUAUCCCGGUUUUCUUAAAAUAAAGCGACUCGAAGGAGUAUUAAUACUUCCCCCUAGAUUGGAUGCUUGUCUAUUGCAAUUUCAGCAUUUCAUUCGGUUUCCCCGACAAUGUGCCGUAAUACUCCUGGGUGGAGUGAAGCACUGUAAGAAUAAAGUCUGUCACUCAAGAACACAACACAAUAACCCAAUAGAAUAAGAUAGAGGAGAAGUAAAAAUAUACCGAAAUGGAUGGCGAAUUACACGUGAGAAAGGGACGCGAAGAUGAAUUUUUUUCAGCUCCUUGGCUCACCCCAAAAAAAUAAUAUGCGUGUUCCCGCAAUGGGCUAAAGUGCUCCCAGCGGAGUAUUAUCGAGGCUUCUGAUGGUAUUUGGCAUUGUUAACUAUCACGUCCUCUAGUUUUUGCUCCCAAGCGACUUUAAAUAGAUAAUUAAAUGAGUCUAGUGAUUAAAUCAUUGUUAGUGACAAAAUUAAAAGCUAUGGCGUGCUGGAAAUCGAGAGGAUGGAGUCUCUCUCUUUUCGAAUGAAAUCAAUAGCAAUGGAAUUUAAAAAAGUUAAGUGAGAUUAAAAAAUCGUCAUAUAUCUCCCAUUCCAGCAGCUCAAACGACGUUGUCAACAUGCAUUCCAAUUCUAUAUAAAGGACUACAUGUAUAUUUAUAUAUCUUGAUGCCUCAUUGAAUUGGACCACAAUCAGUCAAGAAACGAGAGUUUCUAACAUAGUUUUAAUUGUUUAUGUUUAUUUUCUAAGUAAUACGGACACCAGAGUCAAAAUUAAUGAUACCAUGUGGCAUCACAUUUGUGUUACCUGGAAAAACACCAAAGACUAUUGGCAGUUUUAUCUUGAUGGACAACUUCAAAGCUCUGGGACAGACUUGAAGAAAAAUCAUCAGAUACCAGCCGGCGGAACAGUUGUCAUUGGACAAGAUCAAGAUAGCGUCGGAGGGGGCUUUGAUAGCGCACAGAGCUUUGGUCCGGGUGAGGUAACAGAAGUCAAUCUUUGGAGCAGAGUCCUUUCAGGGGAUGAAAUUGCAACUCAGAAGGCAAACUGUGACAUCGCACAAGCAGGCCUUGUUCUCUGGUGGGAACAAUUUAAAGGAAACGUUACUGGUGUGAAAAUAGUCGAGCCUUAA